GUUUUAUUGAUUGAACUUAAACGAACAGUUAUUUUUGCAUUUUAAUAAAUAUUUCGAAUGUAGCUAUCGUGUUUGAGCUACAGUAGGAUUCUUUUCUUAUCGAAAAAGCCACAAUAUAUAAUUAAAAAAUAAUCAUUUAAUUAUAAAAAAUGUGCUUCCCACUUGGAUCUGUUACAUUUGGUUCCGAACACAAAACAUUUUGCAACAGAAACAAUUCAAUCAAACUGUUUUUAAAAGCACUAACUAACUAAAUAUAAAUGAAAAUUUUCCAAAAAUGGCUCAAAUAAAUCAUCAGCAAUCUAGACGCGCAAUAGACCUUCUCCAAGAAACGUGUAGCUGUAACUACAUCAAAACCAAUGCCGUCUUCCGAAUGGAGUGCUUUCCCUCAACCGCUUAUCGUUAUCUUCGAUAUGGCCGAUGUCACUGAUUGCACCAUAAUUGCUCCAGGAAGGUGAUUUAUUGUACGUUCAGUUUAGUCGUUCGAGCAGCACGAACAGCCCGAAUUCGCUUGACGCCAACGGAGAAAGUAACCGUAAAGCAGCUGAUUGGUUUCGUUACAUAUACGCCCCAUAAAAACAAUCAAUGUUCGCAUUAUCCAACCCUACCGUGCUCGUUUGGGUGCUUUUGGUGGCAUGGUUCGGAAUCGCUCGAGCCCAACUCGAGCUGGCGAAGAAUUACGUCUGUACGGAGGAUUUCUGUGACAACUAUCGCGAAAGCAACGCAUGUGACACGUUGAAGACGGCUUGCCGAGCGCAGAAUGCCACUCAUAAUGGCAUCAUCUUUCCAUCCGCGACGCCUUGUUCCUGCUGCACGACCUGCGUGGAAAACCUAAAACUCGGAGACGAUUGCUCCGUAGGUGGGCUAGGCUAUCCUGUGCCAGCUGGGAUCUGCGGUCCAGGCUUAUACUGCAAGGUAGCCGAAGGUGACGAACAUCCAACCUGUCAACCGAUGUUGGAAUCGAGCAAGUGUUUCACCGCACAGAAGGCUUAUGACGACCAAAGGCAAGAGGGUCUUGUAGGGCAUUUGCUGCAACGUCCAGAGUGCGAUGGUGAUGGAAACUUUCAACCGGUACGGUGCAUACCGGGACAAACAUGCUACUGCGUCGACGAGGACGGUAAGCGGAUCUUCGGGGAAGCCGUUCAUACCGCCAACAUUCAGAUCUCCAUGCGAUGUGAAUGUUCGCGAUUGGCAGCCAAAGCACGCUCCUUGCUGGACUCCAGGUAUCCCGUGCUAACAUCACGUUGCGAUUCCAAGGGAUCCUUUGAUCAACUACAGUGUGUCGAUGACAUGUGCGUGUGCGUGGACAUGCACUCUGGCCGGCCAACGUCGGACCUACGUAACGUGACUCGUGGACUCUCUAGUUUACCGUGUUUCGAUAAGCGGCUGCACGAGAACACGACCUACCUGCGAGACUGCGAGCGUGUUAAAAUCGCACAAAUUUACGACAUCAGCGAGUACGCCACGGGUGAGUUUAACGUGCUGGAGUUUGAUCAGGACAUCUGUCAACCGGAUGGGUACUACGAUCGAAUCCAGUUGCACCCAUCCGGAGCGUAUCACUACUGUGCUGAUCGAGAUGGGGCCCUGAUCGAGGACUACCGGGCUCCUGUGAGCUCGCGCCAAGCUGCGACCAUGAACUGCAAGUGUGCUCGAGCGAGGAAGCUACUGCUGGACAGUCGUAGCCUGGAAAUACCGGAGUGUUGUCCAAAUGGCAACUAUCAGAAGUUGGCCUGUCGACGAGGCGAGUGUUACUGUGUAGAUGAAGACGGAGGUCAGGUUGGAAUCGAGCGACCUGCACGCGAGAAGCAACUGCUGCCCUGUUACAAUGGCGGCGAUUAUUGUCCACUGGGUUGAUGAGUUAGACCAGAAUGAGUGAGUUCCGGAACGUGUCCGGUGUACGUGUCAUUUCCGCGGUGAAGAUGUUUGUUGCAUCGACAAUGAGCAGCACCCUGGCCGCCAUGUUUUGGCACGUGUCAAUCGAGGGAAGGCUUGUUUUUGUACGAAUCGAUGAUAUGUUAGCCAAUAAACAUGCGCACAAUGUAG